UCGGGCGCCCUGGACGUGCCCAAGGCGGAGAUGCUGGCGGGCAAGGGCGAGGCGGGCGCCGCGGCGGCCGAGCUCGACGAGAAGGAGAAGGCGGCCGAGGAGAAGAAGGCGGAGGGCGCCAAGGAGGGCGAGGGCGCCAAGGAGGGCGAGAAGAAGAACGGCAAGUACGAGAAGCCGCCGUUCAGCUACAACGCGCUCAUCAUGAUGGCCAUCCGGCAGAGCCCCGAGAAGCGCCUCACACUCAACGGCAUCUACGAGUUCAUCAUGAAGAACUUCCCCUACUACCGGGAGAACAAGCAGGGCUGGCAGAACUCCAUCCGCCACAACCUCUCGCUCAAUAAGUGCUUCGUCAAGGUGCCCCGCCACUACGACGACCCGGGCAAGGGCAACUACUGGAUGCUGGACCCGUCCAGCGACGACGUCUUCAUCGGCGGCACCACGGGCAAGCUGCGCCGCCGCUCCACGACGUCGAGGGCCAAGCUGGCUUUCAAGCGCGGCGCCCGCCUCACCUCCACCGGCCUCACGUUCAUGGACAGGGCGGGAUCCCUGUACUGGCCCAUGUCUCCCUUCCUCUCCCUGCACCACCCGCGGGCCAGCAGCACUUUGAGUUACAACGGGACCACGUCUGCCUACCCCAGCCACCCCAUGCCCUACAGCUCGGUGUUGACUCAGAACUCCUUGGGGAACAACCACUCCUUUUCCACGUCUAAUGGGUUAAGUGUUGAUAGACUAGUCAAUGGAGAGAUACCUUAUGCCACUCAUCACCUCACAGCAGCCGCUCUGGCCGCCUCGGUGCCGUGUGGCCUGUCAGUUCCUUGCUCCGGCACCUAUUCCCUAAAUCCCUGCUCUGUAAACCUCCUGGCAGGACAGACGAGUUACUUUUUCCCCCACGUCCCUCACCCUUCAAUGACUUCUCAAAGCAGCACUUCAAUGACGGCCAGGGCAGCCUCCUCGUCCACGUCGCCGCAGGCGCCCUCCACUCUCCCCUGUGAGUCCCUAAGACCUUCCCUGCCAAGUUUCACAACGGGACUUUCCGGAGGACUUUCUGAUUAUUUCACACAUCAAAAUCAGGGGUCUUCUUCAAACCCUUUAAUACAUUAACAUCCAUGGGAUCAGACUGUAAGUGAACAUUUUACACACAUUUGCAUUGUAAAUGAUAAUUAAAAGGAGAAAAAAAAGAAAAAGCAAAACAAAAAAAAAGUCCAGGUAUUUUUUAUUAAGUCCCCCAUUUUCUGUACGUUUGUUCAGUCUUUAGGGUUGUUUAUUAUUCCACCAAGGUGAGGAGUGUCAGCAAGGUGCAAUGUGGGGAGAUUACAUUGUAGACUAUGAAGUUUGGAAGUCAAAAUUAUAGUAGAAUGUGUAUCUAAAUAGUGACUGCUUUUGCAAGUUUUAUUCAAAUAUGAUAAGUCCAUCACUUAAAGCCGCCAGAUUCUCCAUGUUUGCAGUAUUAUAAGUUAUCAUGGAUAUGUCGGUGGGUGCAGAUCUUGAAAAGAAACCACUAAAUUUAUGAAAAGCAUUAAAAACUUAAAAUGUAAUUUGUAUUUAAGAAGAAGUAAUAGUAAAAAAAAAAAGAGUGCCCAAGAACUAUGUUUUGGCCAUUUAUUAUUUUGUCCUUCUCUUUAAUUAACUGCUUUCCUGGGUUUCUUUUUCUUUCUUUCUUUCAUUUUUUUUUAAAUUUGUUUGUUGGUUUGUUUACUUUUUUUAGACCAAAGAUUGGGUUUUAGAAAAUGCACUCAGUGUACGAAGUAAUUUAAGAACAGCAACAUUAUUUCAGUUUGCAGCACUGCCCGUUCAAAUGAAUCAGAAGGGGACAAAAUUAAUGAUUGCCUUCAGUUUGUGUUGUGUAUAUUUUGAUGUAUGUGGUCACUAACAGGUCACCUUUAUUUUUUUUCUAAAUGUAGUGAAAUGUUAAUACCUAUUGUACUUAUAGGUAAACCUUGCAAAUAUGUAACCUGUGUUGCGCAGAUGCCGCAUAAAUUUGAGUGAUUGUUAAUGUCGUCUUAAAAUUUCUUGAUUGUGAUACUGUGGUCAUAUGCCCGUGUUUGUCACUUACAAAAAUGUUUACUAUGGACACACAGAAAUAAAAAAAUAGGCUAAAUUCAUAUAUA